CACAACUUCUUCAUGUGUACCAAUUACCAUCCACUCAGUAUUAUUUACUGUUAAGAGUUGAAAUCGGAUGUCCCAAAAUAUAGACCACUGGGACAAAAACCAGCAAGACUCAGUCAUGUGUACCAGUUGCAUCUGCUUGGUCCCUCCCACACCAACCCUCCAGGAUAUAGUUCUCCGCCCUGACUGAGUUCUCGACUCUGCUCAAAGCUGCACAGGGAAGCCAAGACUUCACACAGUUCCAGGUUUUACCUCAGCUCCACCCCGCUUCUAGCACUCUCCUUGGGCCCAGCUCUGUGUUGGUCUGGAUCACAGUCUCUCGGCUUCAGUUCAGACAGCCCCAAGAGGCCUGUGUUUGUUCAAGCGUGACAAUGAUAUAUGAAAACUUCCAGAACUUGAGGAGCGAGGAGAAAACCCAAGAGCCUGGUAAAGCAGCUCCUCCCCAGUUCUCGCUGUGGAAUAUCCUCUCUUGGACCCACCUCCUCCUGUUCUCCCUGGGCCUCAGCCUCCUGCUGCUGGUGGUUGUUUCCGUGAUUGGAUCCCAAAGUGGGUUGCAGGGAAGAGAGGAACCAAGGGAUGUGUGGGCGGGGUGGAGAAGAGAACCCGGGCAUCACAUCACCUUACCCCCUCAGCCUCAGCUUAGGCAUGUGCAAUAUUGGAAGUCCUGGCCUGAAGCUGACAAGUACUGUCAGCUGGAGAAUUCUCACCUGGUGGUGGUCAACUCCCUGGAGGAGCAGAAUUUUCUACAGAGUCGCUUCAACAAUAUGGUCACUUGGAUCGGCCUAACGGACCAAAAUGGGCCCUGGCGAUGGGUGGAUGGGACUGACUUUGAGAAAGGCUUUAAGAACUGGGCCCCAGAGCAGCCAGAUAACUGGGAUGGACACAAGCUGGGAGGAGGGGAGGACUGCGCCCAGUUCACCUCAGGUGGUCCCUGGAAUGAUGAUGCCUGCCAGAGGACCUUCCGCUGGAUCUGCGAGAUGGAGCUGGUCAAGGAUAGCUAGGAGCUCUCUCCAAGUAAUUUAUUUCUUCAGUGGCUUCAGCUGCUCAAGCCUGGAGUUUGGAAUCCUCCUACCUGGUCUCAACAUUAUUAGGAAUUUUUUUUCCAAGAACUUUAAGGCAAAGAGAAAAGAUUGUGUGUGAGCUGGGUGGCACAGUGUUUGGAAGAAUGAGGUCAUUGAAAUCUGCGAUAGUUUUACCCUGUGCAGCUUAUUGUAGGCAACUUUUGAAUGUAACAAAAAUUAAAGACUUUUUGUUGA